AUGUCGAUAGCCUUUGGUACCGCAAAUGCGAGCUUACAGAUCGUGGAUAAUGGCGGGACGAUCAAUUUUUCCUCUGCGGUGCUUACAUCUCUGGCAUUCCCAGAGAUGCUAGAUCGGAGAGAAAAUAUUGAGUCCUGGCAUAUCAAUACCUGCCAAUGGAUCUUGGAAUUGGAUGAGUACAAGUCCUGGAAGAGACAGCUCCGGGGUCUACUGUGA